AUGAAUGCGCUGUUCUCCAUCGUGGUGUUCGGCUCCAUCGUGAACGAGGGCUACCUCAACAGCUCCUCAAAGGGCGAGAAGUUCUGCAUCUACAACCGCAAUGCCAAUGCCUGCAGCUACGGCGUGGCUGUGGGCGUGCUCGCCUUCCUCACCUGCCUCCUCUACCUGGCCCUGGACGUGUACUUCCCCCAGAUCAGCAGCGUCAAGGACCGCAAGAAAGCCGUCCUGUCAGACAUUGGCGUCUCAGCCUUCUGGGCCUUCCUCUGGUUCGUGGGUUUCUGCUACCUGGCCAACCAGUGGCAGGUCUCCAAGGCAGAGGACAACCCACUGAACGAAGGGACGGACGCAGCCAGGGCCGCCAUUGCCUUCUCCUUCUUCUCCAUCUUCACUUGGGCGGGCCAGGCUGUGCUGGCCUUCCAGCGGUACCAGAUUGGCGCCGACUCGGCCCUCUUCUCCCAGGACUACAUGGACCCCAGCCAGGACUCCAGCAUGCCUUACGCCCCCUACGUGGAGCCCAGCACCGGGCCGGACCCCGCCGGCAUGGGCGGCACCUACCAGCAGCCGGCCAACGCCUUCGACGCUGAGCCCCAGGGCUACCAGUCGCAGGGCUACUGAGCCACAGUGACUGCCUGCCCCUGCCCCUGCGCCCUCCACCCCAGCCCCCACCCCAACAUCCAGCCCCCUGUCCCCUCCCAGGCUGCCCUGCCCAGCACCUCUUCAUGUGAGUUGUUCCCUGAGGUUCAGGGUAGCUCGGGGUGGCCAGGUGUUGGGCUGGGUGUCCACAUACGUGUACAAGUGUGUCCGAGGGCAUGUGUCCAGCAGGGGCCUGGAGGGUGGGGGCCAGGGUGUGUGCAUUCAUUCACCGUGUCAUCGAGCAUUCACUGAGCGCCUACUGUGUGUUGGGCCUGUGCUCGGCCUGGGUGGCGAAAGGCAGAAAUGGUCCCUGGAAAGGGGAAUGAUGAGAUGUGGCGGAGUCCCUCUUGGUCCCAGAGGCAGGAAUGGUGGGAAAGAUAGACCGGGACGGUGCUGGGAAGUUUGGCUGCAUGGGGCAGUAGUCACAGGGUGAGUGGGAACACCACAGGACACUGGGGGCUGUCACACCCAGAGCCCUCUCCACUCCACAGCAGACUGCUAGGAGUGUCAGGACUGUCUCAACUCAUGGUUCAGGAAACAUGCCUGGAGAUGUCAAGGUCACUGGCCUAGGGUCACUCAGGCAGCUAGUGAUGGAGGCAGGGCCAAGCCCAGGCCAGCCAACCACAGAGCACCCACUCUUCCUUGUCUUCCCACCUUCCCCCCAUCCCCGAGCCUGGGGCUCAGUGCCACUGUCAUUCUGGGAGGACUUGGGGACCUUGGCCCCGUGAAACACCCAGAUUCUGCUGCAAGCCAAGGGCCUGUUCUGCCCCAGCUGUUCCCCCUACCCCCGGGGACAGCCCGGCCUCAGGGUCCCCCACC